GUCUCGUGUGCAUUGAUGAUUGUAAUGAAGUUUCACACGUUUUCUUCAGUGUAGCUCGAAAAUCACAUCACGUAAGCGUCGUCUAAAAAUAACGUAAAAUAUCUGAAACGUUCAAAAAUACGCGCUGCUUAAUUAACUGCUGUAUUUGCAUAUAUUAGCAUAAAUAAAUUUUAAGUCAUUGGAGUUGUGUUUGUUAGGUUGGCAUGCAACGUCGCGUCGGAUCCAUUCGCUUUUAAAUAUACAACACGAUCAGUAAUCUAUCAAGGACAACACACUCACUAAUAAUUACCUAAAUUGAUAUUGUACGACACAGUGCGUUGUUUGGUGAACAUAAAAUAUAAAAACUCUGGUUUUUGUUUUGGAUGGUGUUACAAUUUUUUUUAAAAUGUGGAUAUUUAUUGUCACUGGGGUGCUAAUGGUAUUUGGCUACUUGAUACUCAACCGACGUCAAAACCACUGGACUAGGAAAGGUGUACCACAAUUAAAACCAACGUUCAUCUUCGGAAACUUCUGGCCUUUAAUUGUUCGUAAACUAUCAUCUCCUGAACUUGUACAAAGAAUGUACAACUCGGGCAAAGAUCUAAGGUAUUUUGGCAUAUACCAAUUUCUUCGACCAGCCCUUAUGUUAAGAGAUCCAGAACUCAUCAAACAAAUUACAGUAAAAGAUUUUGAACAUUUUUUGGAUCAUGUUGGUUUCAUAGAUCCAGAAGCCGACCCUCUUUUUGGCAAAAAUUUAUUUGCUCUUCGUGGGAUGCAGUGGAGGGAGAUGAGAUCCACUCUUAGUCCAAGUUUUACUAGCAACAAAAUGAAAUACAUGUUCUCAUUAAUGUCGCAAAAUGGAGAACAAUUUGUAAAUCAUUUCCUUCAAAAAAAUGAAGAUGUAAUUGAGGUGGAAAUGAAAGACGUUACUUCACGGUUUGCAAAUGACGUUAUAGCUAGUACUGUGUUUGGGUUUGAAUGUGACUCCCUCAAAGAAACACAUAACGAGUUUUAUACCCUGGGAAAAGUUGCUACGGAUUUCACAAAUUUACGGACAGUUUUGGUGUUUAUGGGGAACAUCGUACUGCCCAAACUACUAAAAUUUUUUAAAGUGGGUUUCUUCCCUAAAAAAAUGACGAGCUUUUUUGAACGAAUAAUCAAAGAGAAUAUUGAAAGCAGAGAAAAACACGGUGUCAAACGAUCUGAUAUGAUUGAAUUGUUACUUGAAGCUAGAAAAAAUAAACACAACGAUGACGACCACGGUGACUUACCGGAUACUGGUUUUGCUACAGUUGAGGAGUCAGAAAUUGGUAAAAAUCAAAAGCUGAGAAAGUGUGAAUUAACAGACGAAGAUAUUACUGCCCAGGCUUUCGUAUUCUUCUUUGCUGGAUUUGAAACUGUUUCUUCACUUAGUUGCUUUAUAGCUUACGAAUUAGCAGUCAACCAAGAAAUACAAGAGAAGCUUAGGAACGAAGUAGACGCCACGAACGAAAAAUGUAGUGAACAAAUUACGUAUGAAGCUUUAACUACGAUGAAAUAUAUGGACAUGGUCGUAUCAGAAACCUUGAGAAAAUGGCCAAAUGCCAUAGCCACUGACAGAAUCUGCACUAAAUCUUACACGAUCGAGCCAAAAACGCCAGAUGAGAAACCAGUUCAUUUAAACAAAGGUGAUAUGGUAUUUAUACCAGUGUAUGGGAUUCAACGAGAUCCACAGUACUAUCCAGAGCCAGAACGAUUCGAUCCCGAACGCUUCAGUGACGAGAACAAAAAGAAAAUCAAACCGUAUACAUUCUUUCCUUUUGGAUCGGGACCACGAAAUUGCAUUGGCUCGAGAUUUGCUUUAAUGGAAGUUAAGCUUCUCUUUUACAACAUUUUGUCAAAUUUUGAAAUAAUUGCAACUGAGAAAACACAAAUUCCGAUUCGCUUUAGUAAGAAAGCCAUAAAUAUGGCAUCUGAGAAAGGUUUUUGGCUAGGACUUCAACGUCGCGUAAAGUAACUGAAACAUUUCAUUAUUUUUAUGUCAAAAAAUGUACGUCAUUGUAUGAUGUCAAAAAAUUAUAUUACUCUUAACCUAAAUUAACAGUAAGCAGGUGUAUGUAAUAUUAUAAAACAGAAAAAUUGCAUUUAUUAUAUUUUACAUCUACCUAUAUAGAUUAAGAAUGCUUCGUAAAUGGAGAGUGAAUAAAAUCUGAAUCAUGACUUACUUACAAAUUUUGAUACGCUAUUUUUGUCGUAGUUAAUAACUAGAACAAUGCACGAUUAGUUGACAAAUUUCAUUUUAAGUCUGUAACAGAAAGCUUUAAUAUGUUCCUGUAACUACUUAUUUACUAUUUGAUAUAUUUUAAUAAUAUCAUAUGUAUUAUUAGUAUUAUUACUACCCACGAUGAGAGUACAGGGUAAGUCAGAUGAAAGGGACAUCUCAAAUAACUUUUUUAUUUAUUAGCCAAAAGUAAUUAUAUUAAAUUUGCAAACGGAGAAUAAUAGUCCUCGUGAAAAGGUAUAUUGCAGGAAUACUAUUGGUUUUUAAGAUUUUGUAGCUUUUUAGUUUUAUUAGCUUCACUAUUUAAUAUUCGUUGCUCGGUGCUGCAACUUUACGUAAAAUUUGGUAAAAAGUUGGACUGGGUUGUUCAAAAAAGUAAAAAAAAAAAGAAUGAAAAAAGUCAUAAGAAAAUAUAAUUUUACAAAAGUAAAUAAAACGAAUCAGAAGGAAUAAACAGACUAUUUUUGCUCAAUUUUACAGUAAACUAAAAAUUUGGAUAUUCUCUCUAUUAUUUCAUGUUAAUGAAGUGAUGUAUACAUAUACAUACUCAUUCAUCGUUAUUUAUAAACUAAAUUCCAUUACGAUUGGCUCAUUAAUAAAAAAGUUUUUCGAGAUGUCCCUUUUUAGCUGACUCAUCUUAUAGUUAAUAGCAUUUACAUAACAAUUAAUAUAAUAAUGAUUGCCAAAGGAUCCUUGACGUUAAGAUUUACCUGACGAUACAUUUUUUCUUUCCUUUUUCUAAUAUCUGUACACAUUUUGUAAUUUUGUAAUAAUAUUUUAUGUAGGUAUGUAGCACAUAUAACGUGGCUACAAUUGUUUGUGAUAUUUAAUGUUACUUAGACGUAGAUCUUUCUAAAAAUGAAGGUGAAAGAUGAACAAAGGAAUCACUGCGCAACUAACCUUGGUUACCUAAAAUUGUUAAAACUACUUGUUAUAGCUGAAUCAUGAAGUCAAGCUAAUUUUAGUAGAACUUUUGUAAUCGUUUGUAGCGGUAAAUCAGAAAUAAAAUAUGUUUUGCAUC